CCGACAGUCAAGAGUCAACGCAUCUGAUGUUUGACAGGGCUGAAUGAAUACUUGCUCAUCCAACUGUUCAAGUUACCUAAUACCUAUUAUCGUUCCGAGGAGCAGAUGGCCUUCUUGUGCAUUGUCACUGGGGUCCCUUGAUUGCCAGAUGUAACCUCUCUCCUUGCUAUACAAUUUGAAGUCACCGAGAACAACACUUGGCAUGUAGGAACUUCCCGAGGUGUCCAUCGACUCAUUGACAACCAACAGAGGCUUGUCGGCGUUGGUGAUAGGAUCUUGUCAGGACCAUCUUUACUUGACAUCCGAGCCAUGGGUGGUCCACAGCAUGAUUCACCUGCUUACCUGGUAGAAUAAGGUGGUAUCGCGUUCUGCGUUGGAGGCGUACUUGAAGUUUUUCUGCAGGCAGAGUCUAAUUUCACUUUCAAUAGUGUCUUCCCCGAGUCAUGAGCACAUCAUGCUGCUUCAUGGGAUGGGUUCAGGACCUUUGGUCCAGAUCUAUGUGUCCAGUUGUAGCAAUCUCAGCCGCUCCAUGUUGAAGUAUAAGAUUCACGGCAACCAUAAGAGUAAUUCGACCUUCGUCUUGCCUGUAUCUCCCAUGACAUUCUUUGGCCCCCUGGGUAGCUGGGUUUCAUUGUUUAUUUGCAAGCAUGCGGUUGACACACUUCAUUGCCGCCGUCGGCCUUGUGCCAGGGCUGGUUCUCGGUCGUGUAGCCACCGUUCGCCGCGGAGUUGAUUGCUAUUACACUGCAACCGCAGACAGUAGCACCCUCACAUGCCAGGCAUUCGCAGACCGUUGGUUCAUCACUCUGGCUGAAUUCCAUCUUGUUAACCCAGAUGUGAACUGCCCCAACCUUGUCGUUGACGUCUCGUACUGCGUUUAUGCCGAGAUUACCUCGGAAACAAGCUCAUCAUCCUCGAGUAUCUCACUCAGCACCUCUAGCUCUACUUUUUCAACCACUCCGCUCAGCACACCAACCUCUACCACGACUUCCAUUAUCAGUUCAACUAGCUCCCUGAUUACCACUUCGUCUCGGACUUCGUCGACCGUCCAGACGUCUAGCACGUCCGCUCCCAGUCCAAGCUUCACCCCGGUCCUACCCGGUGUUGCCAGCAACUGCAACCGUUUUUACAAGAUCGUGACCGGUGAUGAGUGCGACAUUGUUGCCGCAAAGAAUGGUAUCACCACCGCCCAAUUGAGAAGCUGGAACGUGAUCAACACAUCUUGCUCAAACCUCUGGCUCGACUACUAUGUCUGUGUCGGCAUCCCCGGCGUGACCCCAAGCUCUACCAUCAGAAGCACCACGAGCUCCGCCCCUACCCCUACCGUCUCCCCUGUCAUGCCCGGUCACGCAUCCAACUGCAACCGCUGGGACAAGGUUCGUUCCGGUGACCAGUGUGACACACUCGCCGGCCGGAAUGGUGUUUCGGUCGCCCAGCUCCGCAGCUGGAACACACAAAUCAACGCACAGUGCAACAAUCUGUGGCUCGACUACUACGUCUGCGUUGGCAUUCCAGGCGUCACUCCAUCUCCAACGACAAGCACACCCACGUCUGGCCCGACCCCCACAGUUUCCCCAGUCAUGCCUGGCUACGCAUCCAACUGCAACCGCUGGUACAAGGUUCGUUCCGGGGACCAGUGCGAUACCAUUGCCAGCCGCAACGGUAUCACGAUAGCCCAGAUCCGUACUUGGAAUAGCCAGGUCAACGCUGGCUGCACCAACCUCUGGCUCGACUACUACAUUUGCAUUGGCGUCCCCGUCACCGCACCGUCUCCGCUCAUGCCUGGCACCGCCGGUACCUGCAACCGUUGGCACUUGGUUGCGUCUGGCGACCAGUGCGACAACAUCGCCUCGAGAAACGGCAUCAGCGUGGCCCAGUUUAGGUCUUGGAACACGCAGGUCAAUGCCGGCUGCACCAAUCUUUGGUUGGGUUACUACGUGUGCACCCGUGCUUGA